AUGUCGAAAUCACAGUACAGAGAGGUUCUGUACCCGCUCGACUUUUUGCGAAAAGUCAAUCCUCUUCAAGUCAAAAUUCUCGCUACAAUACGCAGCCAUAAGGAGGAGCUUCUGGAGCACGACGCACAGUCCAGUUUACUAAAGGAGCGUAGCAUUGAGUACCGGACGAUAGAGGCCGAAUAUGCACUCACUUGCCUCGCAAGGAUGAGAUCCGAGGCCGUCGCUGGCUGGGAUCUCGUGCAGGGGAUGCCAAUGUCCACAGUUAACGCUGAGCUUGAAAAGCUAGGCGUGGAUGAUAUGCCAGAUUGGGCUCUUCAUGACAACCAGUAUCGGAGGGGGAGACUACUGCUGGUACUGAACAAGCCUGCUUCGGACACUAUAGACCUCAAAGAAAAGAUCAGGGAGAACGACCGCAUCCUGAACGGCAAACGUGGUUUCUACGAGCUGCUGCGGGACGUUGAAGCUCGUCACAAGCAGCUCACAAACAGCCGCCCUCUCGGCACCAUCCCUGAUGCUGAUGCGAUCGAGGAGUGUGAGGACCGCAUCCAGAAACUCAACAACUCCGUCGCAUGGCGUGAACAAUAUCUCGAGUCUUUGAAGAAAGCAGCUCAGGGAGAAUUAGACCAAUUAAAGGUGGCAGAAGAUUGUUUGAAGGAUGAAACGGACCAAAAAUUGGAAGAGUGGGAGGUAAUGAAUGCGUUCGAGCGUGACUUUGGAGAGCUUCGAAUCCAGGACUGGGUCCCUCUAGAAUGA